AUGACGGUGCCAUGGAAGGUGGUGAGCAACGCCAGGAAACUCAAGACACGAGCAAUUGCCACACUAAAGCAAGCCACUGCUGUGAGGGAGCCUCUCCAGAGGUCCACGACACACUACACCGGAAAACGCCUGGACGAAUGCAUCGGCAGGAAAGCUGCAAAUGUCGAAUCAAUCUUAAUUCAGAUUGUGGGAGAAGUAUCACAACAAGAAUGCACAAACUGUCUCAAAAAUGAUGGACCUUGGGCAAAGUGUGUCCGUUGUGAUUUCUUCCAGUUGACCCUUGUUCCUGAGACCCACCGUAACACUCCGCGCUAA